CCUAUUUAUCAUGCUACAACAAUAUUAUCAACAAGCUCUCAUCCAAUGCAAGGAGAUCUAAGUCUUAUUUUCAAGAGUCUUUCAGCACAUCUAGAAUUCUAUGGUAAAGAAGGAACCAAGACACAAAUUCAAAUUGCAGCUAAAAUUAAACAAAAGUUUAAUGAAUAUUGGAAUGAUUUAAACUAUACCUCAAUGCUUCCAGCUAUUCUCGAUCCUUGCAGCAAAUUAAGUACUUUUGAUGAUGAAGAUGAGCGUGUAGCAGUAAUCAAUCUUCUUCAAGAAACAUAUAAUCGAUAUAAUAUAGUAGAUCAACCACAAACAGCUAAUUCGAAAAAAGAAAAACCUUUAGAUUUUUUUAAAAAUCUUCUUCAAACAACUCAGAUAAUUCAACCUACGCUUAUUAAUCAAAUAGAUUCUUUUCUUGACAUGCCACCUGAAGAUUCAGAUUCGCUUGAAUGCCUUGACCAACAACCGGGAGACAACAAUUACUUACUUGUACAACAAUCCCGGAAUUGA